CUACUACUACUACUACUACACACAGACUCUGCAGUAUGGGCCGCCGGGGCUGCGUGACACGCUCACUACUGGUGCUAGCGGCAUCAGGGGUCCUGCUGCUGCUUCUACUGCUACUCGGCCUGCUCUCCCCGCCCUCUAGUUUGUACUCAGAGUCAGCCAGCGUCAGCAGCUUCCUCAGAGUGCCUCUCCGUGCCCUCAACGAUUUCCCUACCCAGCAACAACAACAACAACAACAACAACUAAUACCAGAGAAAUCGAAGAGUCCCUGCACAACCGUAGGCGCCAGCAGGUGGGUGGAGGGCCUUCCGACGCUGUAUGUUGUCACUCCCACCUACCCGCGCGCCGAGCAGAUACCGGAGAUAACGCGCACCGCUCAGACGUUGCUCAAUGUCCCUAACGUGGUGUGGAUCGUAAGCGAGGAUGCGGACACGCCCACCCCUGCCCUCACCCGCUACCUCAACGAGUCCGCCCUCAGCUCCGUCUACAUGCGAGUCCAGAUGCCGGCCCAGUACCAGAAGGUGAAGAACAAGCCUCGAGGUGUGGCCAACAGGAUGGCUGGGAUGAACUGGGUGCGGGAGAACGCCAAAGAAGGUGUCCUGUACUUCGCUGACGACGAUAACACCUACGACAUCCGCCUCUUCGAGCAGAUGCGGUGGACCGAGCGAGUCUCCAUGUUCCCUGUGGGCCUGGUAACCAAGCUGGGCGUCUCCACCCCUAUCGUGCGCGAGGGCCGGGUGGUUGGUUUCUACGAUGGGUGGAUUGCCAAGAGGAAGUUCCCAGUGGACAUGGCAGGCUUCGCGGUGAACGUGGCCUUUCUCCUGCAGCAUCCCGAGGCGUCAAUGCCCUUUAAGGUGGGCUAUGAGGAAGACGGUUUUCUGCUGAGUCUUGGCAUCGCGGCGGCCGACAUCGAACCCCUGGCCUUCAACUGUACCAAGAUCUGGGUAUGGCACACGCAGACCAAGAAGAAUGACCCGGCCACCUCAGUUACCCAAAACAACGCCACGAUUGGCACGAACCUGGACGUCAUCAAAGACCUGUUAUGGAAGAAACCGCCGGGGAGCAGGAAGGAGGAAGAGAAAAAGGGGAAGAAGUAGAGAGCGUGAAGAAGAAGAAGAAGUAGGAGGAGAAAAAAAGAAGAGGAGAAGGAGAAGAAGAGGAAGAAGAAUUCAUGAGGGGAAAAUAAGGGAUGAUGUAGAGAGAGAGAGAGAGAGAGAGAGAGAGAGAGAGAGAGAGAGAGAGAGAGAGAGAGAGAGAGAGAGAGAGAGAGAGAGAGAGAGAGA